GCAGCUUCGCAGACACGGCUCUCAGAGAUGGCCCGUUGCUCGUUCGUUUUGCUCGCCGCCGCGCUGGCGCUGGUCGCAGCCCGGAGCCGCCUGCCCUCCCAGCUGGACGACAUCGACGCGGACGAGGCGCUGGCAGACCCGGCCAGGCUGGACGCCGCCGUCAGCUGCUUCCUCAGCGACGCCGACCACGACUGCAACAUCAGGUCCUGGGUCGCCAAGAGUGAGUCUCUCUCCUUCAAUCUCUCCCCAAAGUGUCUGAUUGCGGAGAUGGUGAAGACCAACUGUGGUGUGUGUUCAGAAGGACAGAAGGCCGACAUCACCAAAUUCCUGGCGUUCAUUUCCAAGAAUAAGCCACAGGAGAUGAGGCAGCUGCUCGCCAGAUACGACCCCAAUGGCGAAGCUCUGGUCAAGUUUGGCGACGGCUGGAGGCAGAAGGGCAUCAGCGUCUGAAGAUGCAGUAAUUCGCACCGACUUUAGCACUGAAUAACUCUAAGACUCCAUGUGUAUCA